GUCAGUCGUGAGACAGUCUUCUUGUGAAAAAGACUAAAAACAGUAUUCAGUUUUUCGAAAAAAUGGAAAGAUUAUUUCACGUAAUUCGAGUUACGUAUCCGGCGGAUGCGAGAUUGAUGGUACAUAAUGAGGAGCAACUCGUUGUGCCGAUAAGGCACUUAUUAGAAUUAAGGAUUACCAGCCCCCGCCCUGUAAGUUUUAUUAUUUAUAUCAAUUUUAAAUUACUAUUUUAUGUGUACAAUUGUAAUAUUAAAUGUUUUUUCCUGCUUUUGUUUCAGAACAUUUCUCGAGACCAAAUUGAGAUAGCAGGAUUUAUCAAUAUAUCCGAUGCGAAAUAUAGGCGCUGGUACCGUCAGUGGGACCAGUGGUAUAAUGAAAGAGAGUGGGUCUGCAACGAGUGGGACCUGGAGGAUCAAUGGGACCUUCAAAUAUUAUUCGGAGAGCGGGUCUACCAGGAGGAGAUCUGGUGAAAAAAAAUUAUUAUAGAAUUUUUUAAUACAAAAAUUUUUUUUCUGUUUUUGUGUA